ACAGAGCUGAGUGAAACUAUUAAAGAUGUCCACAACACCUGUGCUUGUUCUCUCAAGCCAAGGGAAGAGUGAAGAUCAAGAUGAGGAAAAGCAAGGCCCCGUCCACCAGGAGAGGAGAAAUCCAGAACCUCUUUCAAAGUUAUGCCUUGGGCCAGGCGGUCUUACCAGCCUGCUCCCUGCUCAGGUUCCUACACAAGGAGCAGUUGGAGGUGACUGCCAACGAGGGCACGGCGGAGAGUUUGAUCGAGAAAUAUGAAAUUGAGGAGAAAGCUUCAGAAAGUCAGUGCAUGACCUUUGAAGGAUUCCUGCGCUACAUGGAGUCCAAAGACUGUUGUGUGUUUGACCAGGUCCACACAUCUGUGUACCAAGACAUGAACCAGCCGCUCACCAGUUACUUCAUCUCCUCCUCGCACAACACCUACCUAACAGGAGACCAGCUCGUAGGCAAAAGCCACCUGGAUGCUUACGUCUGCGCUCUGAGGAAAGGCUGCCGAUGUCUGGAAAUAGACUGCUGGGAUGGACCUGGUAUGGAGCCUGUAGUCUACCAUGGGUACACUUUGACCACCAAGAUACUCUUCAAGGACGUCAUCACCACCGUGGACCAGCACGCCUUUGAGGUGUCUGUUUACCCGGUGAUCCUGUCACUGGAGAACCAUUGUUCUAAAGAACAGCAGGAGGUCAUGGCCCUCUACCUCACUGGCAUACUGGGGGACAAACUGCUCAGUGUCCGCCUGGAUCACCCCACCACUGGAGACCUCCCUAGCCCAAAGGACCUAAAGUAUAAGAUCCUCAUUAAGAAUAAAAAGCUAAAGCCUCGUGCUAAGGUAGAGGGAGUGACAGGGACAGAGGCAGACGAGAGUGGAGAUGAGGGCGAGGAGGAGGAGGAGGAGGAAGAGGAGGAGGAAGAUGACGAUCUACAGAGCAGACUUAAGUUUUGGUCUCCCAGAAAGAUAGUCAAAAAGAAGAAGGUGGUGGUGGCGGACGCUCUGUCCGACCUCGUCACCUACACCGUGUCUGUCAAGUUCAUCAGCUUCAGCCAUUCCAAAGACAGUCAGAACUACUGUGAGAACACGUCGAUGGCGGAGAAAAAAGCCCGCAAGCUGGCCAAAGUUACAGGUAAAGACUUUGUUCACCACAAUCAGAGGUUCCUCAGCAGGAUUUACCCAGCAGGCUCCAGGACGUCCUCCUCCAACUAUAACCCUCAGGAGUUUUGGAACGUCGGCUCGCAGCUCGUGGCACUCAAUUUCCAGUCCCUGGGAUUGCCAAUGGACCUUAAUGAUGGCCGUUUCCAGGACAACGGGGGCUGUGGGUAUGUCUUAAAGCCUGCAGUGCUCAUGUCCAGUCAGAAGAGCUUUGAUCCUGGCGGCAAUCAGCGCGGCGUGCAACCAACACACCUGCUGCUCAAGGUGAUCAGUGGCUCCAACCUACCUGUUCCCAGGAGUGGCAAGGCUCUGGACCCUUUCGUCAGAGUGGAGAUUCACGGGAUUGCAUCGGACUGCAACAGAAAAACCACACACACUGUCAAAAACAACUCUCUGAACCCUUACUGGGACACAGACAUGAACUUCCGCCUCAGCAUCCCCGACCUGUGCCUGGUCCGCUUCUCCGUCCGAGACCAGACCGGUUUCCUGUCCAGCGACUUUGUGGGCCAGUACACGCUGCCAUUCUUCAGCAUGAAGAAAGGCUAUCGCUGGGUACCUCUACGGUCCCGAGACGGAUGCAGCCUGGAUCCAGCAUCUCUUUUUGUUUUUGUAUGGUACUCCUAAAAACAGCUCCGUAACACUUUGCCAACAGAGAGGCAGCUCAACAACAAUCAAAUGGAAAUAAAUUCAAAAGAUCCAUGAGCUAUAUAUUGUUGCAUGUGCUGCAGGGGAGGGGUGGGGGGGGGGUAGGACCAGAAGACUCCAGCGUGGCUGAAAAGCAAAGAAAAGCAGCUCGUCUAAAACUGAAAAAAUCCCUGGAGUGAGAUUGUAGUUUCCUGUGACGAAAUGAAUAUUUGAUGCAAGUUCAGUUGUUUUCCCUCUCAGAAGAAGAAAUCUGGCUGAGAAGCCAACAUGUGACGGCAGGUUACAGUAAUACUCCGCUCGGUGGAAAAGUGGAGCUGCUUCUCUCCCACAUGAGAAAUCCUGCAGGGAAUAAUAUAAAUAGCCGUCACAGAGGUGUACAUUAUUGAAGAAGAGUCUAUUUUCGUCCUGGCUCAUCACUAAAUCCAGUAAAUGAGACAGGGAGAGAGGAUGGUUUUGGGGGGUGUGUGUGUGGGCCAGGCCUGGGCAAUUAUUUUGACUCGGGGGGCCAAAUUUAGAGAAAAAAAUGUGUCUGGGGGCAUAUAUAUAUAUAUAUAUAUAUAUAUAUAUAUAUAUAUAUAUAUAUAAAUUGUUGCGUUUGGACCAGUUGUUCCUCCCAGGGAAUUCAAGUUUCUGGUCGCUCCCAAGCUCUUUACGACACUUAAAGCUGAGUAGAAGAACCACCAGAGACAGAAUAGGUAUUUUGUAAUAUAUUUGCAAAGCUCUGUAAAUAUAAUGAGACCAGUCCAGCAUAGAACAUUCAAUCGCGCAGCUAAGAUGGUCUUCCCUCAAAUAUGGAAACCUUCUCUCCUAUAAAGUCUCUCUCCCUCCCACCCUCGCUGUCUUGUCUUUCCAGCCCAAACACAUGCCCAUUGUCCUCCGCAGCUGGACUCAAGAAGAGAUAAAAGAAGGAGUAUCUCUCCUCCUUACA